UUUAAGUGAAGGAUCUUUUAUUCUCAUGUUAGUAUAUUGAACGACACCUGAAAGCCAUGUUGUAUUUCGUAUCAUGACUUCGUUGAUUUUCGGAAUCUUGGUGGGCAUAUUGACUGUAAGUCACGGACUUGAUCCUGAUUGCUCUAAUUCCGCGUUCUCUGUCGGAGCUAUCAUCACAAAACGUGACAUGAUACUCAAUGAGCACCAAAAGGAGUUAAUAUCUUCAGUCAGCUUCACCCAAUGCGGUCUUCAUUGCUUGGAACGGGACUGGUGCAUUUCAAUCAAUUUUGAAAUAGGUAAAAAAAGAGGCAAAUGUUUCCUAAACGACGCUGGAUUGCAACAAGAGUUUUCAAGAACAUGGGAGAGAGAAAGAUUUAUGAAGAAGGAAGGUUUUGUCUUCAGUCAGCUAAGACCGUACUUGAUUGGAAGUCCCGUUAAGAAAGGUGACAUUUUUCGGGACAUGUAUUCCAUCAGCGGCGUAUGUCAUCAACAAAUCCUGAAUUCCCAUGAAAAUCUCUGUCAAG